AUGUCUUUUGACAGGCUAAACUCGUUGGAGGCUCAGCCUACCACUAUGCGCCGGGAUGAAGACCCGCAGUACCGUGACGAUCCGGACUUCGACCAUCUGGCCGAGCAGCUCUCAGAUCAGUUAUUUACAUUGACAUCAAACAUCUCUCGCCUAUCCAAUCAAAUUGCCCUUCUCGGCACCAAGCGCGAUACGGAGCGCGUGCGCGAACGAGUUCAUAAUCUGCUUGAGGAGACCCGUACGGGAUUUAGGGAUGUAGGAGAAGGGAUUAAACAGAUCCAGACAUGGGAGGAUGUCAAUCCCUCCCAGAAAUGGACACAGCAGAAGCUAUCGUCCGAAUUCAAGGCCACCUUGGAUGAAUUCCAAACUAUUCAGCGUCGUGCACUCGAGAAACAGCGCGCUUCUGCAGUUGCUGCACGUACAGCAUUCGAAGAAGGCGAGCAACCGUCCGCUGAGAACGAGGUCCAAUUACAAGAGCAGUUAGUGGAGGAGCAACAUCGUAUGGCCAACCAGGGCGAGGUAGACUUCCAAGAGUCUCUGAUCAUCGAGCGUGAGGCAGAGAUACGCAACAUUGAACAAAGCGUGGGAGAGCUGAACGAGCUCUUCCGGGAUGUUGCGCACAUCGUUACGGAACAAGGGGGGCAGUUGGAUAUCAUCAGCGAGAAUGUCCAAAAUGUCACCCAGGACACACGAGGUGCCAAUGUCGAGUUGCGCAGUGCCAGCAGAUAUCAGAAGAAUGCGCGCAACAGAGCCUGCUGUCUUUUUGUAAUUCUUGCUGUUAUCCUUGCUAUUAUUGUGCUUGCAAUUGUCCUCGGAUAG